AUGGCGAACAACCGCAUUGUUAUCCUGGGGGCUGGAGUCUCCGGUCUCACCACCGCAUAUCUGCUGUCCCAAGAUGCCUCUAACAGCAUUACUGUUCUAGCCAAGCACAUGCCCGGUGACUACGACAUCGAAUAUACUUCUCCCUGGGCUGGCGCCAACUAUCUUCCUGUGGGCAAGGCGGGAAGCGAUCAUGAGCGAUGGGAACGAAACACCUGGCCCACCCUGAGGGAGCUCACGAAGAACCAUCCCGAAGCGGGCAUCCAUUUCCAAGAAACCAUUGUUUACAACCGUACAAAGGAUCAGGGAUCAGCAACCGGAGAAUGGUUCUCUGAAUUGGUGCAGAAAGACCCAUGGUAUAUGGAAGUUGUUCCUGACUUCCAAGAUAUCCCCGCCGACCAGCUAGCCCCCGGCAUCGACAACGCAUCCAAAUUUACAUCAGUGUGCAUCAACACCGCCGUCUACCUACCCUGGCUAGUCGGCCAAUGCCGGAAAAACGGCGUCGUCUUCAAACGAGCCGUUCUCAAGCACGUAGCAGAUGCAGCAAAUGGCCACCACACCGGCCAAAAGGCCGAUGUGGUCGUCAAUUGCACCGGACUCUCGUCCAAGAAGUUGGGCGGUGUGCUCGAUGACAAGCUCUACCCUGCACGCGGCCAGAUUGUCGUCGUGCGUAAUGACCCUGGUAAGAUGGUGUCUAUUUCCGGCACUGACGACGGCGAGGAUGAGGUCGUUUACAUGAUGACCCGUGCAGCGGGUGGUGGAACUGUCAUUGGAGGUUCGUAUCAAAAGAACCAGUGGGAUCCGCUACCUGAUCCCAACUUGGCUGUUCGAAUCAUGAAGCGGGCAAUAGCUCUAUGCCCGGAGCUGGUCGAGAAGGGGCAGGGUAUCGAAGGUCUGGAUAUCAUCAGACAUGGCGUUGGAUUGCGCCCCCUCCGUGAGGGCGGGCCGCGUAUUGAAGCGGAAAAGGUCGAUGGUGUGUCCGUUGUGCAUAACUAUGGUCAUGGUGGCUUUGGAUAUCAGGCGUCAUUUGGAUGUGCGGAGGAUGCUGUGAAGCUGGUCCAGGAAACGUUGCGCCGCAAGGAUAAAGCGAAGCUGUAG